AUGGCGUUCAGUGGCGCUCUGACAUUGACGGAUCUCAAUGACUACCUCGGUCCUUCGCAAGUGUGUAUUAAGCCCGUUGAUGCACCGGCAAUGCCGGUAAACGAUGCACAGACGAGCAUCUCUGUGGAGGAUGGUGUAUAUGUGGAAACGUCGACAGGGUCGUCGCGCGCACGCACGACGCUGGAGACGGCACAAAUCUCUCUGAAUGACUGCCUCGCAUGUAGCGGAUGUGUCACAAGCGCAGAGACUGUGCUUAUUGGCAUGCAGAGUGCGGAGGAAGUGCGACAGGAGCUACAGCGCAAGGGAGACCGCGUUUUUAUUGCAACCAUUAGUGCACAGAGUGUUGCAUCGCUGCAGACGCGACUAGGGAGGCCGUAUGCGGUACUUUGGCCUCAAAUUUGCCUAAUUUUGCGGCGCAUGGGCUUUGAUCUUGUGCUCGACACCUCGCUUGCACGACACAUCGCUCUCCGAGCGCAUGUGCGGGAGUUCCGUGAACGCAAGAGGGCUAAGAUGGAAGGAGUGCAGGGGAAACCCACGCUCCCUAUGCUAGCUAGUGCAUGCCCAGGCUGGGUCUGCUACGCCGAGAAGGCCCACAGUGACCUUCUGCCGUUCGUGGCAGCAACAAAGUCGCCACAGCAGAUAUCAGGACUGCUAGCCAAGCGCGUUUAUGGGCCUGAGCAUGCAGGAGCGUCCGUUACAGGCAGUCUCCCUGCUCCCUUGGCGAGCAUUUACCAUGUUUCUGUCAUGCCCUGCUAUGACAAAAAACUGGAGGCAUCGCGCAGUGACUUUACGUCAUCGGACGGUGUGAAAGAGGUGGACUGUGUGCUGACCACAGGCGAGUUGCAUGACUUGCUGGUGGAACACGACUUUGAGACCUAUACGCCAACCGAGCAAGAGCUUGCCGUUCCUCGUCCGCACCCCGAGCCCGGCUCCAGCAGUGGUGGAUAUCUAUUUGCCAUCCUGAUGGAUGUGUACCGGACGUGGAUGAACGAUCAUCCCAGCUCGACGCCAGCUAUCGAGCAGCGGACAAUCCGCUCAUCGGAUUAUACCGAGUACCUCUUGCGCGCGGAGACAGGUGAAGUGCUGUUUAAAGGUGCCGUCUGCUACGGUUUCCGCAACCUACAGAACCUCGUCCGCAAACUACAACGCGAGACGGGUAUGAAAAGCACACGCAUGGGCCGUGGCCUAAGUCGUCGUGGUAUGGAUGAACCCCCCUAUGAGUAUAUCGAGGUUAUGGCGUGCCCUGGUGGUUGUGUCAAUGGCGGGGGGCAAAUGCGGCCGGAUCCUGAAUGGAAGGCGGCACAAGAGGCUGAACAAGCGCAAGCUAUGCAAGAGGGCGCACCUGUGCAAGGGUGGCAGGGCACAGACCGUCGGUGGGUGCAGCUGGUGGAACAUGCGUACUGGGAUGGUUCGGCGCUGUCCGACAAUGUUCUGGGAACAGUAAAGGAGGCGCUGUCUCCCUCGGCUCUUCGCACAUGGCUCGAGACCCUGGACAAGAGCGCCGCGGCAAUGGAACACUCAUUCAGCGAGUCGGACUUCCGCACGCAGUAUCACGGCGUCGAAGCGCAAACGAAUGGCCUGGCCGUCCAGUGGUGA